AUGAAGUCCUGCGUUGUAGCCGCUGCCUGCGUGGCCGGAGCCCAAGCCUUCGUGGCACCCAGCGCGUUCAAGGGCGCCGCCGUGGCCACCCCGGCCAAGUCGUCGUCGGCCAUGAAGAUGUCGUUCGAGUCGGAGAUCGGCGCGCAGCCCCCCCUCGGAUUCUGGGACCCGCUCGGCCUCCUCGAGGACGCGGACCAGGAGCGGUUCGAGCGCCUCCGGUACGUGGAGGUGAAGCACGGGCGCAUUGCUAUGCUCGCCAUCGCCGGUCACCUGACCCAGCAGAACACCCGGCUCCCCGGCAUGCUGUCGAACUCGGCGAACCUGUCGUUCGCGGACAUGCCGAACGGCGUGGCCGCUCUGUCGAAGAUCCCCCCGGCGGGCCUCGCCCAGAUCUUCGCGUUCAUCGGCUUCCUUGAGCUGGCUGUGAUGAAGAACGUGGAGGGCUCGUUCCCCGGAGACUUCACCCUGGGCGGCAACCCGUUCGGGUCCUCGUGGGACGCGAUGUCGGAGGAGACCCAGGCGUCGAAGCGCGCGAUCGAGCUGAACAACGGGCGCGCGGCACAGAUGGGCAUCCUGGCCCUGAUGGUGCACGAGGAGCUGAACAACAAGCCGUACGUGAUCAACGACCUCCUCGGCGCGGGAUACACCUUCAACUAAACCACACCCCCACUUUUGCAUUCCGUUUGUUCCGACCGUUUUUGAAACGCUUUUGUUUUUUAGGGGGGAUGAGGUAAAGAGAAGAUUUCAGAGUUGACUAGUUGUUGACGAACGUACUUGUGCGUUGCCUCUGUUGGCCUCUUGCCCCACCUUUUAACGAUCUUUCGGACGGCUUCCUUGCUUUUGAGUUUGGUCAACGCGGCUUGUUUAAUGCCGGGCGCUUCGCAGCAGUUUCGAAGUUCUUAAUAGCCUGUCUACCUUGUCGUCCUUUCGUGACGAACUAGCCUGCUGUACCGAGCAUGAUGUUGGGAGUCUGAUCGUCUGGUCCUUUCGUAUUUUUUUUUCUAGGGGUUCUCUCUCUCGGUUUCUAAUUGUCGUGACGUCGAGCGCGCGACUCAUCUGCUGUUUCUAUUCCUACCCUGGUGAUGAGUGGUUGAAUUGCGUUUGCUGUGAUCCCGGUCUUUUCGGCGUACUUUUUUUUUAAUCUGCUCUGUCCGGGCGUGUAGGGAAAGGUGGACGAACGAGAAGUUCCAACAAGAAAAAAAAAAAUGGAUUGAACAUUGGGAAGAUGUACACUUGCUGUACAUUAAUGGCCCGCGCGCGUUUUGCGCGUUUGCGGUCGGACGGGGGUUGGUGGUUUGUCGUUUCGUGGUUGGGAGGCGUGUUCCCUCCCACACGUCAUGACUCUCCUGAACCAACAGUAGGUCGACGUCGUUUUCCCGCGACCUAAGUCGAGCCCCGAGAAAUAGUUGCUGCUUCCUACUUUCCGCCUCCGAAGCAUUUGAAAAAUGCGCGUUUCGUAGUUUGGCGCUUCAGGUCGCUGUGUAAAAAGCGGUAGGGGCCUACUUGGCCCUCCUCACGGCUGAAACACAACAAAUCUGCAUGUAUCCAUAC